AUGGGAAAGUCUUUACGAGAAUUGAUGUCCAGCCGAGGAAAGGGUCAGUCCUCAAAGGCGCCUGCCAAGGCACAAACCCAGGACCCUCCUCCAAUCGCCCCUCAGGUCCCUUCUGACCCUGGCCUCAAGGUUAAUCCUGACCUAAAAAAGAAGAGGCAGGCUGACAUUCCUGAGGAGGGUGAAAUGGUUCCUCGACCGGCCAAGCAGCAAAAGGCUACUAAGGGACAGAGGAGUAAGAGGGCAAACUCCUCGGAGAGCCGGGACGAGGAAAACCGUGCUGAGGUGCGCGUUACUCCGCAGAAGUUCAAGGAGUCGAAGAAACGGCGUAAGAGUGCAGAGGCCAGUUUGAAAAGUGCUGAGUCCCAGGCGGAGGAUCAGCACAAAGAGCUGUACUCGACCCAGAUCAACCUUGCCACCGAGAAGCAGGCAGUGCUGGAUCUCAAGGUUGCCCUGCAAAAAGUCGAGGAUGAGCUACGGCGGGUCAAAGAGGAGGCUCAGUUGAUCCGAGAGGCUGCAGAGGCUGAAAAGAGUGCUUCUCGAAUUCCUGCGGAUUCGGCACUGAGGUUGCCCGAGAACAUCUUCUAUCCUGAGGAGAUCCAAGAGAAUCCUGAUGGCGCCCAAACGGCUUCGGAGCAGGAUCUGGCGGUGCCUGAUGCCGUCCCUGUGCCUGAUAAAGCGAAGGAUCCUGCACUGGGAGUUCCUGAGGAUUCACCGCUGAGGGACCCCAGCCAAGUCCCAUUCCCGAACCCUGAACCUGCCGGCCAGGAUGCCCCGGCCGCUCUUGACGAGGAGGAGACGGCUAGUAUGAGGGAGUUGGUUGAACAAAUCGACUCCCAUGCUGAGCCCGAGGAACUGGAGGCGACGAGCAUACCUACCGUGCAGGAACUUCUUGACGAGGCCCAGCCUCUCACCCUGACCGUCCAGCAGGAAGUGCCCCCGCCGACUCAACCCCUUAGUUGA